ACACAAAAAAUUAAAUAAGCGGCUUUUCGUCUUGUUUGCAAAAUCCCCAAUUCGGAACCCUAGAUCAUCACAUCAAUCAAGCCGGAAAAAUGAGCGAGAGGCCGGUGCCGAGAAGGCACAGUCCAUGGGUCGACGAAGAGGUCUAUAAACGCGAAGUCAAAGCUCACAGAUGCAACGACCGCGUCGAAGAUGUCAUCUAUGCUCUAUUUGAAGGCAACCCUUUCAAAACAAUUCCAGCCCCUUUCAAGCUAUUUUAUCAGUGCAUGCGAUCAAAACCAGGGGAAGAGCCUACUGAUCCCUUCGUCCACUUGGAUCUGGAUCCUCCCAAAAGAGAGGCGAAACCUGAGUAACGCACUUGUUAAGUGGGGUUUAUGGACCAAAUAUGCUCUCUCUCGUGAUAGAUUAGUCUUUUGAUACAAGUUCUCAUAUUUGGUUUGUAACAAAAUACGAUGUUAUUUCUGAUCUCGUCAUACUGCUACUCCUAUGGAGAGCUAUCUGCAAGCAAACUCGGUCUCUAACCUCGUUUUUGUACGAAUAAAAGUUUUAC